AACCGAACUUGACAAGUGCGUUCGAAGAAUGGCAUUAGCUAUCGGUCAUUUGAUCGUGAACGAAGAUUCCCAGCUUCAGGUAUAAACCGGUUUUUUAAUUACGAUGAAUCUGCAUAAUCGCUGGUUCGUCCGUGUUGUUGUUUUGGUUGUGUUUGUGUGCUCGACUUUUGGCAAAGAUUUACCAGGAAAAUGCUUCACUCCUGACGGCAAACCAGGAGCCUGCCUGCUCUUGAAACAAUGCCCUUCCGUUAAUAAGCUGGCCAACGACUAUGAAACUCGGAUAACCCUCGACACACUCCAAUUUCUUAUCAAUUCCCAGUGCACUAUUAGAGGAGGCGUUCUGACGGUGUGCUGCAGCUUCGAAGAACUCGAUGCAACUGCUGAAGCAACUGGCAACUCAUUAUAGAGCUGUACUUUGCCUGCAUCCAAAGAUGGCUAAAUAUUAAUUAUACAUCAUAGUAAAUACAACCGAUUACAAAUUUUAUUGUUAUUUUUUGGUGAUGUUACCGUAACUUAUGCAGACAAUUCUUGUUACUAUUAAGUAGUAAACACUAGCUACGAAAUA